AUGUACCUAUUGGUGAUAUCUUUGCUUGCAGCCUUUGUUAUAGCCAAUGAUCAGACAUUACCAACUGUUCCAGCUAUACUUUAUUCUCAUAACCUGGCGCCAGGCGUGUUUGUGUACCAGGAGGAAUCUGAUCCAAAAGCGAUCUUAUCAGAGUCCGAACUUCAUGAUAUAGCUAUAAGGUUGGUAUCCAAAUGCAACUCCGACGCUUACAUUUUCGUUAAUCAGCCCGGCUUGACCGCAAUGGAUUUCAUUGAGCAUAAAGAUGCAUGGAAUAAUCUUAGAGGGUAUUUAAAGAGGAGCUCGACAGCUCUGAAGUUUGAACAUGUGGCUCCUCUAUCUCAGGACUUUUACCAACGCUUAAUUGCCCAGGUUAAGAGCAUAUGCGAUGUGAAAAUUCAAAUUACAAUCAAUGACGAGGAAUUGAAUUCCUUCUCGCCGUAUUUGGACACCGAGAAGAGAAUUAUUGUGCUGGAUCUCCCAGAGCUUACCCCAAGCUUUGACGAUGUUGAUGCCCGGUUUGACGAACUAGAGCUGAACGACAGAAUGUUACGCACAAUUUUGGGCCGGCUCCCUUCUCCAAGUCAAACAGUUAUCUACACCGCACUAGGCCCUCAAAAUAGAAUUGGGAAGGACAUUGGUGACCAGGAGAUUUUUCCAGAUGUCUUUCAUGGCUCAUACAGCGACCCCGAGCUUGAUUUAGAGCGCCGUAAUACUGAUCGUUAUUUCCCUGAGCAUCGGCCAAAGUUUGAUCCAAUUGAUGACAGCUACUUAUCGAUAUUUGACCAAAAGUUUAGAGAACAGAAUAGCACCCUUAUUAGUCUGAUUGUCCUGGCUGUAAGUUUCUUCAUAACCUGGCAGCUAUUUAAUCAGUUCUUGGCUCCUACGGCUGUUAAAUCGCAGGAUGACAAAGGCAAAUCUUCUACCGAAGAGGAUACUACCAAGAAACCCAAAGUCCAAGUAAAAGAUACCAAGGAGGACUAG